CCGUGACGCACCGCGCACGACAACACGGAGGCCCGCCGAUCGUCGGGUUGCACGAUGGUAAAAAGUUGUGGACGCGUUUAACCUAGAAAGCGACGCCCCGCUGUGCUGCAAUCGACUUCCUCAUCCUCCUCCUCGUCGUCGUCGUCUGUUGUGGCAGGAUGCACCACGCGAUCGAUCCAUCGCGUGAAAUUUAUUGCCUCUUUCCCUCUCUCGACAGCGACGAACGCGCACACGCGAGCACGCACGGACGUUAACGACGAAUAUGCGUACCGUCGAACGAACGUCGGGGAAAUCACGGGAUUUCGACGCGACGCUACACAGAGAGAUGACCGCGAUGGCAAGCGAGGCCCGCGCUUCCUACGUGACGACUCUUCGUGCCGCGCGCCACUCGACGACGACGGCGGCGGCGGCGGCAGCGACGGCAACAGUGGCGGCGGACGAUAACGACGCGAACGAUCGAACGAGGAAAAAAUAAAGGCUGACGUGGUGCACCACGGAGUGCAUGUGAAGGAUCGCCUCCUCGAAACGCGUACAACUUCCGACGACAGCGAGGUGCUGACGGAACACCGACCGGGGAACGCGAUUCUCCCUCUACCAUGGACGUCUCCGCGUUCUCCGAAGAUAACUUCGACGUGAAAGAAUGGAUCAACCGGACCUUCAAGUCCGCCGAGGCGCAGGAAAACAAAGAUGCUUUUGUUUCAUCACUAGUUAUGAAGUUGCAAUUGUAUGUACAACAAGUUAAUGGUGCCUUGGAAGAAAAUAGUCAAUCAGUUCUUUCUAGUUUACCGAGAAUAUUAAGAGACACUCAAUUGCUGCAACAAGAAACUUUAGCACUGAGAGAGAAAAUGGUUGCUGUCAAGCAAGAAAUUGCCAAGGUCGAAAAAGAUACAGCCUCCUCUAUGGCAAUGCUGGAGAAAAUUGACAGGAUAAAAACUGAGUUACAAACUGCUAAACAAGGAUUACACGAGGCUGAUAAUUGGACAGUGUUAGCAAAUGAUGUGGAAGAGGUAUUUGAAUCUGGUGAUAUAGAAGCUAUAUCUAAUAAAUUGUUUAGCAUGCAAAAAUCUUUAGCUAUGCUCGCCAACGUUGUUGAUUACGAGGAUAAAAAGCUUCAGUUGGAAGGCUUGAAAAAUCGUCUCGAGGCAAUGGCUAGUCCACGAUUGGUUCAAGCUUUUACUGCUGCUAAUCUAGAGCAAUCCAAAAUUUACGUGGACAUUUUUAGCAAAAUGGAACGUCUACCGCAACUUCUCAAAUAUUAUCACAAUUGUUUAAAAGUUUCUUUGGGGCAAGAAUGGAGACGCACUAUUGAAUUAGCGCAGGAUGAAAAUGUUACCUAUUGGCUACAUACAUAUUAUGAUAAACUGUUGUCUUCUUGGCACGAACAGGUGAAAUGGUGCCAUCAAGUAUUUCCCAAUACUUCGAUAGAUAUCCUCAUCGAAGUUUAUGCUGACCUUUUGAGGAGUCUAGAUCCUGGCAUUUUGGAAUGUAUAGAGGCUGUUUUGAAACAACAUUCGAACGCCGUACAAUUAUCUAUACUGCUCGAACUGAAGCAGAUGACGAGGCAUUUUGCCGUCAACUUGAGCGGCGCUAUCGAAACGUCGCUUCGCGGAAAAUUGCAAAACGAAAAGUUACUCUCGUUAGCGCAAGCUAUAUAUGCUCCUUACGUUCCUUAUGUCGCAAAAUAUAAUACAUUUGAGACCGCACAAUUGGAACAGCAACUGCAAUUCUUGGAUCGUUCGCAUGACGACUUAAGCGAUACUAUUAAUUCUCUUUCUCUUAGCAUUUCGAGAAUUAUGGGCUAUGCUAACGAAGCCAAUAAGCGUUGUAAGCUUUUUACAGAAGGUUGUGGAUAUCCCGGUUUACUAAAAUCAUUAAACAUUUAUUUCAACAAAUAUCUCGAAAAAUAUCAGCAAGAUUUGAGACAACUCGACCGCAAAAAAGUGAAACAAGAAGAUUGGAAUUUGUUUCAAAUGUGUCUCACAUUGAUGCAAACUAUAGGUGAUCUUUUGCAUCAAGUACAACAAUUCGAAAAGUCACUCGUGAUCGAUAUCACAGAAGCUAAUAACAAAUUGCAAAGUACAAAUGAAAGCGUUUUUUGCCAGUAUAAAAAGUUAUUGCUAACUGCAUCGGGAUGUGUUGAUCUGGAAAAUCUUGUUGCAUCUUUCCAAAGAGAGGACAAGACAAUUCUCGAUUUGAUCAUAAAAUCUAUUCAGAAACUCUGUUCUGAUUUGCAUCGCACGACGUACGAAGUCAUUUUUGCUCCGAUAUUCUCUCAACUAUUACUGGUGCAAAAAGCACCGGCCUGGUCAUUAGAGACCAACAAAAUGUCGAAUCUGAGUUUAGAUCUGCCCGAUUACAGCUUUGCUCCUCAAGAGUAUAUUACGCAAGUCGGACAGUAUCUAAUGACAUUGCCGCAGCACUUGGAGCCGUUUUUGUUGAGAGAUAAUCCGAGUUUAACGCAAGCGCUCAAGGCAGCCGAUCCACAGUACGCUCAAGGAUCGACGGAAUCCGGAUUUACAGGUAUCCUCUUGGACAUCGUUGCUCGAGGAACGUGCCAAAUGUUCCAAGAUCAGACCUUGGGCAUUUGUCAACUUAACUCUGUUGCUUGUAAGCAGCUCGCAACUGAUAUUGACUAUCUCGGUAAUGUGUUGGAGGAGCUCGGUCUGUGUUUAUCGGAGAAUCUGCAACACAUGUCAUUAUUACUGAGAUUACAGCCGGAGGAUUAUCAGAGCGGUAGCUCAGGAUGCAAUGCCCGUGUCGUGGCUGCUGUCAGACAAAUGCGCAAUAUUACGUCUUCCGGCUGAUGUUAAAUCCGUCUUUAAUAUAUCUUUGGCCAAUCAAUUUCAUGCAGCAUUUAAGCGAUAUCCAGAAGUUUUCUAUAUUGUAAAAAGUAAAAUUAUGUAAUAUAUAUGAACAUAAACUU